GUAUCUAAAUUACUACGUCGCAAGCUGCUAUAGAAAGGUCCUCAUCACAACGGGAUAAUCCUGAUAUCUACUCGUUACUCGCUACCAUUUGCUUCUCAUCAUGGCGUCUAAGUUCCCAGGAGAGAGAGAUGAAAAGGUCAAGCUACACACUAGAAAAGGUCAUAACAUGACAUGGUCAUGUGACAUACACGGUGAGCCAAUCAAAUUUUACUGUAAAGAACACGAUAUCCCUCUUUGUCAUCCAUGUGCGACAAAAGAUCACCAGAAACCAUGUCACCUUGACAAUAUCGGAGAUGUCAUCUUGGAGCGGAGGAGGAAACUGGAUGACAAGCAGCAAGAGAUAGAGGAGAUGAAGAAACAACUGAAAGCGUUUGACUCUAAACUGAAUUCCACUGAAACCUCUGCAAGUAACCAUUUUCAAUCAGUCAACGAUGAACUUAAGGUGGCAUUCGAAGACAAAAUCAAGAUUGUGAAAGACAAAGAGAAACGAUCGAUUCGUUCCAUCGACGAGGAGGCGGAUAAAGAAAUACAAAUAAUUAACGAAAAGAGGGAAAGACGGAUCAAAUUAUGUCACGAAGAAGCAGAACAACAACAACUAACCAUCGAAGAAAGCCAAGCAAAAGUUGAAUCAGAAACAAAGGCAAUCAGCGAGGUGGUUGCUAAAAAGAUAAAAGAUCUCACAAGUAAGAAUCAGCAUGCAAUCAGCAAUAUGGAUAAUAUUGACGCCAAGAUCAAACGGAUGAAACAAGAUGACAAAACAUUAGUGAAUGAAGCUCCUCAAGUACGUGCAUCCCUAGAUGAAAUUUUAAAUUUGAACUUUCUUCAAGAUGUUAGCGACUGUUUUGACAGAUUACAGCGUGAAGUUCAGAAAGUGAAGUUUGUCGAGGGCGAAAUAGGUGGGGAACACUACGGGAGAAUUGAUGGCUAUAUCGGUAAAUGGGAGCUUGUCAAGUCGAUCCACAUUCCGCCGAUUGUUAAUGAACCACGGGUGCGUGGUUUGAUCAGUGAUGAUGAGAUAUGUGUGUGGGACGUAAAGAACAAUGCCACGUAUGUUACAAAUAUCAGCACUGAACACACACAGAAUGACAUUGAAGGAGGAAGUACCAUGAAUAUUACAUCAUGCGCCCCCAUAGACAGCAAUGUAAUAGUAUGUGGUAAGGCGAGACGAGGCUGCACGGGUGACAGCUUGGAUGGAUGCAUCACUCUCUAUGACAGACAAUGGAAUGUGAUUAGAGACAUCAGCAUACCGAGGAAUAACAGCUAUGUUUAUACUAUUGUGCACGUUGAUGUUGACGGGGAUGGGAUGAUCUACGCUGCUCAGUACAAUGAGUCUAAUAUCUACGUCAUCAACCCUGCUGAUGGUAAGAUAGUAAACACUAUUAGGAUGCAGGGCAAGGUGGUGAAGGGUCCGAUACAAGCCUUGUCAUCAGGUGAUAUCGUUGUGAAGACAGAUUAUAAUAAAUUCACUGUCAUCUCACGAUCUGGAGAAGUGAAGGCUGACAUACACUGUGCUGAAUGGGAUGUGUCAUAUUGUCUAGUUCACAAACUGACAGACACACUCUACAUCACAUACUGGGAUGACGAGCAUACUAUCUACGCAGUUGAUCAGGUGUCAUGUGGUGGUGUCAUACAGGCAAGGAGGAUCGUGGAAUACAAGAAAUCAGACCGAUGCAAGUACAUUAGCCUAUGCCUCGUAACUCCUUCUGGUAAUCUUGUAGCGUGUGACGGAGACAAGCUUUUUGUGUACAAGAAGAUAUUUAUUGUAUAAGUCAUCAGAAGAAAUAGAUGAAAUUUCGCAUAAUGUAAUUAGCAUUAACGGAAUACUAGUUUUUUUCCGAUUGUUCAUAUAACCCAGUCGAAGUUUAAGUAAAUAAAUUUCUUCCCGAAGAAGCUUGUUUAAACAUAUUGAACACAAUAUGGUUAUUACUUCGAAAUUUCAGUGACUUUUUACGAGCUGUUAUCACCAUACCCAGAAUAAAAUAAACUAUUUCACCUUUCAACCAUUACGUGAUAUUUAAUUUCUUAAUAUAAUAAUGGAAAUUGGAAUCACAGUAUUUCACAAAUGUAUAUAUAAUUGAACAACGCGGUUUGGAGAGCAUUUCUGUUGUGCAUAAUUUCUGAAAUAAACCCAUGCAACCUGACUAAUCUUUAUGUACGGUUAACUAAGAUUUUAAUGAAAUUGCAUUUUGUAAGCCUUCAUAUGGACUAAUGUACACAUGAAUGGGCUUAUGAUUAAGUAUUGAUUGGGAAAUGACAACUCAAUCUAAAAGAAUAUAUAUGUAAUUCCUGUCGAUGUCACACUAUAUUUUUAGAUCGAUACGAAUUCAUGUCAUAUGUAAAUACAGUAAAUCCACAUUUUUGC